CAUGUAUAUAGAAACAAUCUAUAUCAUGUUACAUGGGACAACACAAAACGCGCUUUUGUAAUCUCAUUGGAUCAAUUGAUUCCUAUAAAUACUCAUCUCAAGUAUAGUGUAAACACAAUUGUGGGACUUGAACAUUCUUAACGAUGAUAAUUUCAAAAGUUUUAAGUAUUGUUUUCUUUGUGGUGUUGUGUUUAGGAGUAUGCUCUGCUGCUAGAACACUUAUUAGCAUUGGUUUGGGUCAUGAAAUUAAUGGAGGUUUCCAUGGUGACAUUGGUGUGAGUGGUGGUGAAGGUGGAGUACAUGCUGGUGUAGAUGAUCAUGGAGGAGGAGCCGGUGGAGGUGGAGGUGGAGGUUCAGGUGGUGGUGGUGGUGGUGGUGGUGAAUAUGGAGGAAGUAUUGUUGUUGUUGGUGGUGGUGGUGCAACUGAAGGUGGUGAAUAUGGUGGAGGAGCUGGCAAAGGAAGUGGAGAAGGUGCAUCACAUGGUGGUGGUUAUUUAGGUGGUGGAGGAAGUGGUAGUGGUAGAGGCGGAGGUGGUGGUGCAACUGAAAGGGGUGGAUAUGGUGGAGGAGUUAGGGAAGGAAGUGGUGGAGGUGCAACACAUGGUGGUGGUUAUGCUGGUGGUGGAGGAGGUGGUAGUGGUGGAGGUGGUGGUGGUGCAACUGAAGAGGGUGGAUAUGGUGGAGGAGCUGGAAAAGGAGGUGGGGAAGGAAUUGGUGGAGGUGCAACACAUGGUGGUGGUUAUGCUGGUGGUGGAGGAGGUGGUAGUGGUGGAGGCGGAGGUGGUGGUGCAGCUGAAGGUGGUGGAUAUGGUGGAGGAGCUGGAAAAGGAGGCGGGGAAGGGUUUGGUGGAGGUGCAACACCUGGUGGCGGUUAUGCUGGUGGUGGAGGAGGUGGCAAUGGUGGAGGUGGAGGUGGUGGUGCAGGAGGUGCUGGUGGUGGUUAUGGAGGAGGGGAAGGAGGCGGAGCAGGGGGUGGAUCCGAUGGAGAAUAUGGAGGAGGAUAUGGAGGUGGAGGCGGAAGUGGAGGUGGCAGAGGGGGUGCCGGUGGAGCACAUGGAGGCGGAUAUGGUGGUGGUGAAGGAGCAGGUGGUGGAUAUGGGGGUGGAGCAGCAGGUGGGGGUGGGGCAGGUGGCGGCUCUGGUGGGGGUGGAGGUGGUGGAAGUGCACAUGGUGGAGGAUAUGGUGGUGGUUCCGGAGGUGGCGAAGGUGGUGGCCACGGCGGAUAUUAUCCUUGAGGCUUGAGCUUACAAGAAAAUUUAUUAUUUGGAAGAAUACCAUGCUCUUUAACUAUAAUAGUAACCAGAAUAAAAUAUAAUUAUGAUGAUUAUAAAUUACUACUAAAAUUUAUCAUUAUAUGUAUUUGAAAUGUUAAAUGAAUGAAAAUGAAUGCUUCUAUCAUGAAGAAAUAUUAGUAUACAAUAUAUAGAAUCUAGUUUCAAUUAA